UCGGUUUCCCCUCUUACACGCGGAACUCGAAGUGGGCGGCCGUGGCCGCAGUGCCUGCGUCUGCGCAGAGCUGAGCCGGCCGGCUAAGGGGCGGGGCGUGGUGCGACAGGGCGUGGCCUAGAAGGCGGGGCUUUAGGUGAUUCCCAAGCCGCGGCUCAGGCCGUGCUGGGGAAACCGAAAGUGGGCGGCGGCCGCGUCGGGGGCCCUGGCGGAGGUGGCGGAGGGAGCCGGGCCCAGAGGCGCGGGCGUGGGCCGCGGGCCCCCGGGACGAGGCAAAGAUGCUGGAGGCAGAUCUGGUCUCAAAGAUGCUACGGGCUGUCCUGCAGUCUCAUAAGAACGGGAUAGUACUGCCCCGGCUCCAAGGAGAGUACCGCUCUUUGACUGGAGACUGGAUCCCCUUCAAACAGCUGGGCUACCCUACUCUGGAAGCGUAUCUGAGGAGCGUGCCAGCGGUUGUCAGGAUAGAGGCUAGUAGAUCUGGAGAGAUUGUCUGCUAUGCUGUAGCCUGCACAGAGACUGCGAGGAUUGCUCAGCUUGUGGCUCGUCAGAGGACCUCUAAAAGGAAAACAGGGCGACAAAUUAAUUGUCAGAUGAGAGUGAAGAAAACCAUGCCAUUCUUUCUAGAAGGGAAACCCAAGGCAACCCUCAGACAACCAGGAUUUGCUUCAGACUAUUCUAUCAGCAAGAAACCCAAUCCAACGCUGUUAAGAGACAAAGGAAGCACCUUGGGAGCUAAGGCUGAUGUGGACAUGCCACCUUACCCAGACGCUCCAGUGCAGAGGCACGUGAGCAUGUCUGCCAACAGCAGUGUUACGGUUUUAAGAAGUCACCCAGAGGCCAGCAAGCUACAAUUUAUAGGCUACAGUCCAAAACCUCACUGUCUGCUUUUGUUCAGUCCAAAGUCAUCCCUGCCAGCACCUUUCCAGACACACAUCUCACGGGCCUGCCCUAAGGAAGUGAAUGAUAAUUUAAAUCAGACUGUUGAGAAACCAAAUGUCACGCCUCCUGCCUCUUACACUAAUAAGAUGGAUGAGGUUCAAAACCGCAUAAAGGAAAUAUUAGACAAGCAUAACAAUGGCAUUUGGAUCUCUAAGCUUCCACAUUUUUACAAAGAGUUUUAUAAAGAAGACCUUAACCAAGGAGUUUUACAGCAGUUUGAACAUUGGCCUCACAUUUGCACGGUGGAAAAACCUUGUGGUGGUGGUCAAGAUUUACUUCUUUAUCCUGCCAAGAGAGAGCAGCCCUUGAGAAGUGACCAGGACCCCGAGAAGGAGCGCCCACCUCCACCACCUGCUCCCAGGCAGGAGGUGCCAUCAAAGGGGAGCCCAGCAGUGAUGCCGGAUGUCAAAGAGAAAGUGGCCGAGCUGCUGGGGAAAUACUCAAGCGGCCUUUGGGCAAGUGCACUCCCUAAAGCAUUUGAGGACAUGUACAAAGUCAAGUUCCCUGAGGAUGCCUUAAAAAAUCUUGCCUCACUCUCUGAUGUGUGCACCAUAAACUACAUUUCUGGAAAUACCCAGAAGGCAAUUCUCUAUGCGAAACUCCCAUUGCCCACAGACAAGAUCUUAAAGGAUGAAGCGCAGGCACAAGGAGAUUUUGACAUCAAGUCGAUGAUUGAACAAGAGUAUUUGCAGAUAGAAAAAAACAUGGCUGAGAGUGCUGAUGACUUUGUGGAGGACAUAACUGUGCCGCCUCUGGUAAUUCCUACCGAGGCUUCACCGUCUGUGUUGGUGGUUGAGCUGAGCAACACAAAUGAUGUGGUUAUCAGGUAUGUAGGCAAAGACUACUCAGCUGCCCAGGAGCUCAUGGAAGAUGAGAUGAAGGAGUAUUACAGUAAGAACCCCAGAGUCACACCAAUCCAGACCGUGCACGUGGGGCAGCUGCUGGCAGUCAAUGCAGAGGAGGAUGCCUGGUUACGAGCACAGAUCAUCUCCACGGACGAGAACAAGAUAAAGGUGUGCUAUGUUGACUAUGGCUUUUGUGAAAACAUUGAGAAGAGUAAAGCAUACCGACUGAACCCACGGUUCUGCUCUCUGUCCUUUCAAGCUACAAAGUGCAAGCUAGCAGGGCUGGAGAUUCUGAAUGAUGAUCCCAACCUCGUGAAGGUGGUGGAGUCAUUAACGUGCGGGAAGAUCUUUGCUGUGGAGAUACUGGACAAGUCAGAUAUCCCACUGGUGGUGCUGUAUGACACUUCAGGAGAGGAUGACAUCAACAUCAAUGCCACCUGCCUGAAGGCCAUAUGUGACAGAUCUCUAGAAGUUCAUCUCCAGGUGGACGCCAUGUACACAAAUGUCAAAGUGACUAACAUUUGCUCUGAUGGAACACUCUACUGCCAGGUGCCAUGCAAGGGUCUGAACAAACUCAAUGACCUUCUGCAUAAGACGGAGGACUACUUCCACUGCAAGCACAUGACCUCUGAGUACUUCAUCUCGCUACCCUUCUGUGGGAAGAUCUGCCUCUUCCAUUGCAAAGGGAAAUGGUUACGAGUGGAGAUCACAAAUGUUCACAGCAGCCGAGCACUCGACGUUCAGUUCCUGGACUCUGGCAAUUCGACAUCCGUGAAAGUGUCGGAACUCAGAGAAAUUCCACCGCGGUUCCUGCAGGAAAUGCUUGCCAUACCCCCUCAGGCUAUCAAGUGCUGUUUGGCUGAUCUUCCACAGUCCAUUGGCAUGUGGACACCAGACGCUGUUCUUUGGCUAAGAGAUUCUGUUUUGAAUUGCUCGGACUGUAGUAUUAAGGUUACGAAAGUGGACGAGGCCAGGGGCGUGGCCUACGUGUAUUUAUUCACCCCCAAGAACUUCCCGGAUCCCCACCGCAGCAUCAACCGGCAGAUCACAAACGCAGACCUGUGGAAGCACCAGAAGGAUGUGUUUCUGAGCGCUGUGUCUGCUGCAGCCAGCUCUCCCGGCAACAGGAAUGCCAGCACACCUGCUCCAGGCAGCCCUGCGGAGAGCCUCAGAAAGAGCCACCCGGAGGUCCUCAGAAAGUCUGUUCUGGACCACACCAGCUCUUUCUCCUUGGAGGAACUGCCCCCUCCUGUCCACCUGUCAAAGUCAGGGGAACACAUGGAUGUGUAUGUGCCUGUGGCCUGUCACCCAGGCCAUUUCGUCAUCCAGCCUUGGCAGGAGAUCCAUAAGCUGGAGGUGCUGAUGGAAGAGAUGAUCCUGUACUACAGCGUGUCUGAGGAGCGCCACAUAGCGGUGGAGAGAGACCAAGUGUAUGCAGCCAAAGUGGAGAACAAGUGGUACAGGGUGCUGUUAAAAGGAAUCCUGACAAAUGGGCUGGUGUCUGUGUACGAGCUGGACUAUGGCAAACAUGAGCUAGUCAACAUAAGGAAGGUGCAGCCCCUAGUGGACGUGUUCCGGAAGCUGCCGUUCCAGGCAGUCACUGCUCAACUUGCAGGAGUGAAGUGCAGCCAAUGGUCGGAAGAGGCUUCAAUGGUGUUUCGAAAUCACGUGGAGAAGAAACCCCUGGUGGCACUGGUGCAGACAGUUAUUGAACACGCUAACCCUUGGGACCGGAAAGUAGUGGUCUAUCUAGUAGACACAUCGCUGCCAGACACUGACACCUGGAUUCAUGACUUUAUGUCACAGUAUCUGGUAGAGCUUUCAAAAGCUAAUUAAUCACUGCUUGAGACCUUGACCGCUAAUGCAGAUUGUUCUCUAAGCAAUAAUACAAAAUGUGUAGUAGGGUCUUAAAACAUCUUAUUUUUACUACAUGGCUCUGACUGUUGUGGAGGAUUGAAAAGAAUAUGCUUUGUUUGAUGAAAGAUAUUUAACAAGUUUUGUUUAACGCAGUUGACUUUUCAAAGAAAAAUUGCACUUGAAUUAUUAAUAUAAUAUUAGAAUAAAAUGUUUAGCAAUGUAAAA